AUGUCGAGGUCCUGGGUGCUUCGUAGAAUGAAGAUAAGGGUCAGCGGACGGUGGACGCGAAGAAAGGAGGUAAAGAAUUUACCGAUACAUACUACGUUAUCAUUAAUGGGGUCGGGAGAGCUAACAAGUGGAAAUAGCUAG